AUGUGGCUUAUUACCUUGUUUCAUUUUUGCACAGCUCUGGUCUCGAGUCCCAUUGGUGCCAUUACUCCAGUCUUCAGUGUCACAUGAUCCUUCAGAAAUCAUUCUAAUAUGCCGAUUUGGUGCUCAAGAAACAUUUCUUAUUAUUAUCAGUGCUGAAAACUGCUUAAUAUUUUUGUGGAACCUUGAUUAAUUUUUUAGGAUUCUCUGAUGAAAAGAAAUGUCUGUCACUUUUGAUCAAUUUAAAACCUAUUUAUAUGCGUUUUAUUAUUUAUAUGGCUCUGCAUUCAGUUUGAGGAAAACUUUUAAUUAAUUUGGCUUUGAAGAUCUAUGUGGAAUAACUGGUCUGUUAGGUGUAGUGUGUACGAUGUGAUUUGUGCUUUGCUGCAAGGGAUAAGUUAAUUGCUAUUGCUUCUGUGCUGCUAUCCAAAUAUGUUUGAGGCUGUUUAAUUAAACACAACUAAACUCCUGUGCUCAUGCUUUUGAACUAUGACCAAGAUGGUGUAGGAAUCAAACUAUGAAGACCAAAUGAAAUAAUAAUAACCUACAAAGAAUAAUAGUCAAAUGGUGUAAGAAUUACCUACCUAGUAGUCAAAUGAAUAAUAAUAGAAAAUUUCUUUUAGAUUUUUUUCUAAAGCCUUUCCUUGUGUACUGUACAAUGAAAUCAUGUAAAUGAGAAACCCUUUGUAAUGACUCUGAGCGCCGUCUGCUGGUCAAGUGUUGUCCCAGCAGCUGUGUGCAGUAUAUUUUCCGUCAGUGUGCGAGCAGCGCUCAGUCCCGCAGCAGCAUCCACUGCGACUGCAGCGCGAGGAGCUGACGCGCCGCCCGGCUCAUGUUUCACAUAAGUUUAAAUCUGCGCUGCUUUGCUGACCUUUUUUUCUCUUUAAUUAGCGAACGCUCCAGGACUCCUUACAUUGAUGAUUGUUCCUCAAUACGGAUCUGGCAGAUACUGUUAUUUUAACUUAGUUCUAUUGAUAUUUCUCUGGAAAUCUAUGAAGGAUUAUCCUCAUCGAAAGCCAUUUCAGUUUAAUGUGGAAAAAUGUAAUUCUUCAUAUUCAGUACGACUACAAGGAUCUUAAUGCAGAUGUUGUGGGAAGUUUAAUGCAGAUGUGUGAUGGUAGAAUAUCAUCAGCUGUAAGUGGUCAAACCUGAAUAAGUAACCAUGGCUUACACUGGAGUGCAGAAGGCUUUGAAGAGUGAUAAGUUAGAUGAAGCUCAAGCUCUGGCCAAAAGCUGUGCAGGCAGACCGGACUUUCUUCCCUGUGAUGGACUGUCCAUCUGCGCGACACACAGCCACGGAAAGUGUUUCAAACUGCACUGGUGCUGCCAUUUAGGCUGGUGUCACUGUAAAUAUGUGUACCAGCCCAUGACCAAUGUCGCUCAGCUACCCAGCACACCUGUGCCGGUCGCUCCAUCCGACUGCACCGACACCAUUGAUCUGUCCAUCUCUCUGACUGAACGCUUCCUCCGCAUCUCCCCCUGUUUCCUGCCACCACCUUGUCCCGAACCCCCGAAAUACUGCAACAUUGCCGAACUGUUUAUCGAUGACUACAUUGUCAAACGCAUCAAUGGCAAGAUGUGCUACGUUCAGCGGCCUCCAGUUCACAUGGAGGCCCCUCUUAGCCCGCCUCAGAUAAAGCCUGCUUGUCUGAUAGCACAGAAACAGCACACUGAAGACAAGCAAACAGUUGAGGAGACUGUUAAAGGACCAAAAAUGGGCCACUGCUCUUCGCCCUCCAGCUCCGAGGACUCAGGGAUUAAUGCUUUGGGAGGACACUAUCUGGAGUCCUGUGAGGAAGAAUCUGAGGAAGAGGAUGAACUUAGCACGGAUGGACACUCUAGUCCAGGAAGUCUAUGGGAACAGGAUGAAUGCACACUACUGUCCCCUUCCAAAUCUAUUGUGGAGAUUAUCGAAAAUAUUGAAACUACUGUGUGAUAUUUCUAGACUGCAUAUUUGCUCUUUCUGUUCUUUUCACAUCUCUCUCUCUCUCUAUUUGUCUGACAAGAUUAACUCAUUGUGUUAAAAGAAAUAUUGUAUGUAGAGGAAAAUGCUACACCCAUAAAGACAUUGCUACACUUUG